GGCCCCUGCAUGUGCGGCCCGCGGCGGCCCGCAGCCCCCGGCAGCAGCGGCAUCGGCGGCGGCUCCCGCGGCGCCCCGGCCGGGCCGGCAGACACGAUGCGCCGCGUUCUGCGCUUGCUGCUCGGCUGCUGCCUGGCCGAGCUGGGCGCCCGCGUGUGCGGGGCGCAGGAGCGAGCGGGGCGCGGGCCGGGCGGGGCGCUGGUGCUGGCGGGCUCCAACCGCUCGCGGGCCGCCCCGGGGGAGCCGGGCCAGGAAGCUGGGGGCUCGGACGCGCCCCCCACGCGGGCGCCCACGCCGGACUCGUGCCGCGGCUACUUCGAUGUCAUGGGCCAGUGGGACCCGCCGUUCAACUGCAGCUCGGGCGACUUCAUCUUCUGCUGCGGGACUUGUGGCUUCCGCUUCUGCUGCACCUUCAAGAAGCGGAGGCUUAACCAGAGCACCUGCACCAACUACGACACGCCGCUGUGGCUUAACACCGGCAAGCCCCCCGCGCGCAAGGACGACCCCCUGCACGACCCCACCAAGGACAAGACCAACCUCAUCGUCUACAUCAUCUGCGGGGUGGUGGCCGUCAUGGUGCUGGUCGGCAUCUUCACCAAGCUGGGGCUGGAGAAGGCACACCGGCCCCAGCGGGAGCACAUGUCCAGGGCCCUUGCAGAUGUCAUGAGACCACAGGGUCAGUGUAACACCGACCACAUGGAGAGAGACCUCAACAUCGUGGUCCACGUCCAGCACUAUGAGAACAUGGAUGCCAGAACUCCUAUAAAUAAUCUGCACACCACACAGAUGAACAACGCCAUGCCCACCUCCCCUCUGCUCCAGCAGAUGGGCCACCCGCACUCCUACCCCAAUCUGGGCCAGAUCUCCAACCCCUAUGAGCAGCAGCCUCCCGGCAAGGAGCUCAACAAGUACGCUUCCCUCAAGGCUGUUGGAAGUUCUGAUGGUGACUGGGCAGUGGCGACACUUAAGUCACCUAAAGCCGACAAGGUAACGGACGACUUCUACUCCAAGCGCCGGCACCUGUCAGAGCUGGCCCGGGGGAACUUGCCUCUGCAGCCGGUGCGUGUGGAGGAGCCCCCCGAGCCGGGCCCAGUCCCCCCAGAUGGACAGAAGGCGCGUGCCAAGGCACCUCCCCACCCACUGGCCUAUAGCAGCACCCCCAACUUCAAGGGCUGGGACCCCAACGAGCAGUCCCUGCGACGUCAGGCCUACGGCAACAAGGGCAAGCUGGGCCCGGCCGAGGGGGGCUCCGGGGACCCCCUGGGACCUCGCCCUCAGCACUACCCACCCCCACAGCCAUACUUCAUCACCAACAGCAAAACGGAGGUGACCGUCUGAGCCCCUGCCCUGCUGGGGCCCGGAGACUACUCUCAACCUAGAGAGGCAAGAUAUCACCCCCCACACCCCCUGCCCCCCACACCCGGUGACCGGAUUCACGCCUGACCUCCGGGCCUGCCUCCCUGUGCAGGGCAGACCCGCCUGGACACCGGCUGGGCUGGGCCCUUCAGCAGAGGGGAAACUGAGGCACAGGCCCACUGUCUGCCGCCCAGGAAGCCCACUCACACCCCUGACUGUGGGGCUCACACGUGUCUUUUUCCUUCUCGCUUGAGACUGAAAUCUAUGGUGAAGAAACAAAGAAAAAUAAAGUAGCACAAUUUUAGGAAAAGGGUCUAGCAGACAGCAUACACCACCUGCCGAGGGCUGAGCAGUUUGGGGGCACAGGAGCCAGUGUAGGGGGUGAACAGGGAAGGUGUGAGGAGGAACCACUGUACUUCAUAAUGGGGUUCCCAACCCCAGGAGGUGGCAGGGAGGUCAUGGAGUUUUGCCGACAGUCACUGGCCCCCAAGAUUCUGUUUAUAGUCCUUUUCAUAUCACCCACGUCAGAAGCAAAAAAAUAACAACGUGUGGUCCAACUCACAAGCGUGCGUGCACACACACACACACACACACACACACACACACACACACACGAUUAACAGACCCCAAACCCACCGACAGUGAUGGGAAAGAGAGAACAUUCUGGAAGAUUCCCACAGAGACCUCGACCGUGGGCAUGGGAGACAUGGCCGGCAGAGGAGUCAGAGAGUCUGGCGUCACUGGUUUGGAAAAAGAAAGGCCCGAUAGGAUGGACAGACUGAGCAGACAGGCGUGACUGCGAAUGCCUGGCCCAAGACCCCCAGGCAGGACAUCCACGCUGAUGACAAUUAAAUGACAACAGUUACAAACAGCAAAGUGGGAAAGUCCCCACAUGCCAGGUGGAAGAGUGAGGAGGUGGGCAGGGACCUCAGGACCCAUGGGGUCUAGAAGGUCCUCUCUGGCCUCCCUGGCAGACAAGAGACACAGAAACCGGACUGGGAAGGAUGGGCUCUCCCAGAAGGACCCCCAGCCCCUCCUCCGGCCCCUCGCUGCCGCCGCCGCCCUGCCCAACUCCAGCUGCUUCGGACGACAGUGUCACAGCGUGGGUGGUGCCUUCAAUGUGUCCCUGUCCCUGGCCAGUCUCGUCUCCCUGUGCAGCCUGCCUGCCUUCCGCCUCCCUCCCUCUUGUGUUUCUGCAGUAGUGGAAGAUGUAUUCUGCCCUCCCUCUUUAUGUCAGUGACCCCCCCCAGCACACAAACACCUCCAUAACCUUCCAAGGGGGCUGCUGCAGUGUUGGGGUACCUGAAGUCCAAGACCUCUUCCCUCCCUUGUGGCCUCAAGCCCCCCAGACCUGUGGAGCUUUCCUGGGCCCUGUCCUUCCUCUGGUCCCUUCAAGCUGCCUCCCCCAAAUACUUCAGCUGGUUCAGCCUGCACCCCAAAUUCCCUCCCUGCUGGUCCUCAGGGCAAAGGUCCCUUGAGGGUCCCUAGGAAGACAGCUUUCAUCCAGUUUGGGGGUGGCCCCUGCACUCAGCCUGAUCCCUCCAAGGCUCAACGCAUUUCCAGAUGCUGAGCCCCAAGACUUGCCUCAUCUGAUAUGGUGGAAUCAUGGGGACAGGUGUUUCUUCUCCUUCCUUCCACCGACUGCCCCUUCCCAACACACACACACACACACACACACACACACACUCCUGCCCCCCCCCCCGUUCUUAGUCUGGUAUCAGAAAUAUGGGACUAGAUUAGAUUUCUUCACAGUUUUUAAAUAGCUAAGUCUCUGCUCAUGAAAGAAAGAGAGAGAGAGAAAGGAGUGGUCCAGGUGGUAGCGCAGUGAUAGGGCUUUGGACUCUCAAGCAUGAGGUCCCGAGUUCGAUCCCCAGCAGCACAUGUGCCAGAGUGCUGUCUGGUUCUUUCUCUCUCCUCCUAUUUUUCGCAUAAAUAAAUAAAAUCUUUUUUUAAAAAGAGGAAGGAAGGGGGAAAGAAGGAGAAAGGAAAAAAGAUGAAAAAGAAAUGGGGAAAAAGGAAGAAAAGAAAGGGGACUGGUGGCAGCCAGUAGGGACUG